CACCGCUUCUCCUUCAAAGUUGGGGGCGUAUUCUCAGUGAAAGCAACAAUUUGGGAAGUCGCCUGCAUCUAUACUCUUCACUCUCCCGUGUCAUUAUUAACGUUGUGGAUAGCAGGUACAGUCGGGCAGUGGCAUUUCUUUGCGCACGAACAUUUCCCAUUGGUUUGAGGCUUAUGGACAAUAUGAAGUGCAGUCAUGGCAAAAAGGGGUAAAUCCGCGGUGAGGACCCUGGAGGAUUUGACGCUGGAUUCGGGUUACGGAGGAGCCGCGGACUCCUUCAGGUCAUCGAGCUUGUCUCUGUGCUGCUCCGAGGCGCCCGUCUCCUUUGCGCAUGGAGGGCACUGCUGGCAUUUGACCGACUCCAUGCACAGUCGACACAACAGCCUAGACACCGUCAACACCGUCCUGGCCGAAGACGGCGAGACCCUGGAGUGUUCCGGACACUGUGCGAAACUUCCCGAGCUUGAGGAUGUGCCCUGGAGCCUCGGGGAGGUGGAGAACGCGCUCAACAAGGAGGAAGAGUUGAGGUUCGGGACAGUAUCCGCGGAUCUGUUGGCACGGCUCUCUGCGCUCGUGAGCCGCGCACUGGUGAGGAUCGCCAGAGAAGCGCAGAGGCUGAGUUUGCGCUACGGCAAAUGCACCAAAUACGAAAUACAAAGUGCCAUCAAGAUGAUCCUGUCGUGGACCAUCUCGGUGAACUGCAUCGCCGCGGCGCUCAGCGCGCUGUCCAUGUACAACAUGAGCACCGAGGAUAAAUUCAGCCGUGGGAAGUCGGAGAGAUGCGGCUUGGUGUUUUCCGUCGGGAAGUUCUUCAGGUGGAUGGUGGACAGCAGGGUGGCGGUGCGCAUCCACGAACACGCGGCCAUAUACCUGUCUGCCUGUAUGGAAAGCCUCUUCCGAGAGGUCUUCACCCGGAUGCUGAACAGCUCGGUGGUGGAUAAAGAUAACGGGGUCCCCAAAUUUACACUGGAGUCCUUUGAGCAGGCACUGAGCAAUGAUUCAGAGUUGUACGGCCUCCUUUUGCCUUAUCAGCACCUUAUAUGUGGGAAAAAUGCCAAUGGAAUCCUCAAUUUGCCAGACAGUUUGAGCUUGCACAGGAAUCAGCAGCGUUCGGGUAAAGCCGGAGAUGCUUACAGUCAGUCGGAGCAGCGUACUAUUGAGCAAUCCCUGCUGGCCACACGCGUGGGGAGCAUCGCCGAGCUCAGUGAUUUGGUGUCCAGAGCCAUGCAUCAUCUCCAGCCUCUGAGCAUAAAGAACCACAGCAAUGGCACGCCGCUCCCCCAGAAGAGCACUCUGAUCCACUGGGAGCCUGAGGCUUUAUAUACACUCUGCUACUUCAUGCACUGCCCUCAAAUAGAGUGGGAAAACCCCAAUGUGGAGCCCUCCAAAGUCACGUUACAGAUGGAGAGGCCGUUUCUAGUACUGCCUCCUCUCAUGGAGUGGAUACGAGUGUCUUUGGCACAUGCUGAACACCGCCGUAGCUUUUCAGUGGAUAGCGAUGAUGUUCGGCAGGCAGCCAGACUGCUGCUGCCCGGGGUGGAUUGUGAACCACGCCAGCUGAAGACGGAUGACUGUUUCAGCGUGUCACGUAAGCUGGAUGCUGCCUCUACAGAGGCCAAGUUCCUGCAGGAUCUGGGCUUUCGCAUGCUCAACUGCGGUCGGACUGACCUUGUCAACCAAGCCAUGAAUUUACUAGGGCCAGGUGGAAUUAAUAGCAUGAGUGAACAGGGCAUGACCCCUCUGAUGUACGCUUGUGUCCGCGGUGAUGAGGCCAUGGUUCAGAUGCUGCUAGACGCCGGAGCUGACAUCAACAGUGAGGUGCCAAACACAGUGCACAAGUUCCCCUCAGUCUACCCAGAGACCCGGCAGGCCACGCCUCUCACCUUCGCCGUGCUCCACCAGCACAUCCCUGUGGUGCAGCUCUUGCUGGAUGCUGGAGCUAAUGUUGAGGGCUCUCUGCAGGACGGGAUGGAGAACUACACGGAGACGCCUUUGCAGUUAGCUUCCGCUGCAGGGAACUUUGAGCUGGUCAUUCUGCUUUUGGAGAGAGGAGCAGACCCCAUGGUUGGGACCAUGUACCGCAACGGCAUCUCCACUGCACCACACGGGGACAUGAACUCCUUCAGCCUUGCCGCAGCACACGGACACAGGAAUGUGUUUUGCAAGCUGCUGUCGCAGUCUGAGAAGGGAAAGGCAGAUGUGCUUUCUCUGCAGGAGAUCUUAGCUGAGGGUUCAGAUAUGGAAGAAGGGAAUUCCCUAAAGAGGGAAGCAACCCGCACAGGGAAGGCCAAACUCAAAGCUCUAAGAGAAGCAAUGUAUCAUAUCGAACACGGCUACGUUGACAUCACGCUGGAUAUCAGAAGCUUAGGGGUGCCCUGGACGUUGCACACCUGGAUGGAGUCCCUGCGAACUUGUUUUCUUCAACACCGGCGACCGUUGAUUCAAGGGCUGCUGAAAGAGUUCAGUACUAUUGAAGAGGAGGAGUAUACAGAAGAGCUCAUAACACACGGCCUCCCACUCAUGUUUCAGAUCCUGCGCGCCAGCAAGAAUGAAGUGAUAAGUCAGCAGCUGGCUGUAAUAUUCACUCAGUGCUACGGCCCGUAUCCCAUUCCCAAACUGACUGUGAUCAAGCGGAAACAGACCUCAAGACUGGAUCCUCAUUUUCUAAACAAUAAGGAGAUGUCCGAUGUGACCUUCCUGGUGGAGGGAAAGCCAUUCUACGCUCACAAAGUGUUGCUCUUUACCGCCUCCAACAGGUUUAAGAUGCUUUUAGCGAACCGACCAGCUGCAGAGAACACCUGUAUAGAAAUCAGCCAUGUCAAAUACAACGUAUUCCAGCUGGUAAUGCAGUAUCUUUACUUUGGUGGAACAGAUGCCCUACACAUCAGAAACACUGAGGUUAUGGAUCUUCUCUCUGCAUCUAAGUUCUUCCAACUGGAAGCAUUACAGAGACACUGUGAGAUCAUCUGUGCCAAGAACAUCAACACAGAAACCUGUGUGGAGAUCUACAACCAUGCUAAAUUCCUGGAAGCACCUGAGCUUUCGGCCUACAUCGAGGGCUACUUUCUGAAGAACAUGGCGGUUCUCAUAGAGCUGGAGCCUUUUAAACAGCUGCUGUAUAACGCCCCGGUGGAAAACUGUUGUCCCGAUGUGCUGCAUGACCUGGAGAAGACCCUGGCCACACGCAUCCGCUCCAUUCAUCUGUCCUCUUCUAAAGGAUCGAUUGUCUGAUUGUCUCUUGUUCACAUCAAAGCAUGCGGAGAAACUGUGCGUCCCUUCAGAACUCUAGCAGUGCGGUCUAAAUGUGUUCAGUUAGUGGCAGUAGCAAUGCACUUCAGCUGAGUGUUCACUUCAUCAAAGACUCUGGUGUCUUAGUACUGGCCAGAUAACUUGAACUGUGCUUUAGAGUACAGCCAUAUAGGAAACAAUGACAUUUUACAUAAAUUGCAUAACACCUCUGACAGAACCUGGUUUUUGUUGGAUGCAGUACUAUUUUUUUGUGAAAUGUUGUACUUUGAGUAACUAAAUCUAAUGCAGAAUGAUGAAAUAUUACAGCAGCAUACCACUAAAAACUCAGCAGAUUACGUCUUUUUGGUACUACACGGGUGUUGAUAGUGAAAUCAAAAUUCACAAUCAUUGUUAGCACUGAUGUUCAUAGAUUUUUAGUCAUUCACACAGAAGUUCUGCCUCACAGCUGUACAGUUAUUGCUCUUAUCAUAAAUAACCAUAUGUUUUAAAAAAAGGCAGAUAAUGCGACUGCCAAUGUAAAUAUCCACUCGAAGUCUCUCACAGGAUCCAUUGACUUCCAGCUGUAAGUAGAUGUAUAUAUAGAAUGACGUCAUUUUAGGACUUCCAUCGAGAACUUACAAUAUUGUACAAUAGACGUGUUCUUGAAGUCCCGUUCACUGUUGUAAAUGAGAGCAUGUAAGUAUUUUCCAGUUUGGGUUUCGUUUCUGUCAUGUCUUGCAUUGACUAACAGUCUUACAUGUGUGUGUUGGGAGGGUCUUUUUGUGUGAGAAAGUGAACUAUUAUCAGCAUGGAGUUGCAGAACUGUAGCUGUGAAACCCCUGGAAAGACGACUGAUUCAGAAUGUGCCUGCAUAUGUUCUGACGUGAUGUGUCUCGGAUGUCACUCUGUGACUAAAUCAGUGUUCUUUAUAAAGAUUACUACAAAAUA